UCACACGUGUGCGUGUGCAUGCAUUUAUUUAUAGAUUCUGAACCUUUUUUCCUUCGUGCCAUAAAAUAACUGGGAAGAUUAAAGCUUAUUUGCAAGCCCAUCAGCUGCUGCUGCUUCACAGUCUAUUAUAUUUUUUAUUAACCGAGCUUGAUAUAGUUACUGGCCGUUGGGUAAGUUUCAGCAUAAGACAAAACAACUCUUCUAAUAGUCUACUUUAGUUUCUUAAAUGCAUUUUCGUCUCGCGCAUGCACAAUGGGAUGGUGUGUGUUUGAAGAAGACGACGUCGACGAAGAAUUUAAGCUUGUGAUCGGGAUGAGGCAGUAAAGUUAGGACUACAGGAGAGUUUCACUGUUGAGCACCCUUGUCGGUUCUGCUUAGCAACGAGGAGUGAAAUCCAGGAGAAGGCGGUCGGGAGCAUUUGAACUGAGAACCAAGCAGGAGCAUGACAGGCAUACCAAGUAUGGAGACAACAACUGUACUCCGAGUUAUAAUUUGUGACAACGACAUCCGAAAAAUUGUACUUCCUGUGAAACCACAGACAGUUGACUCACUGUUGGAACAACUUGAAGAAAAGCUGGGACUUCAGUACAAGUUCGCACUUCAGUUUGAGGAUCCAGACUUCAACAAUUCCCUCGUGAAUCUUACCAACAUUGCUGACUUGCCAGAUAAGCCUACACUGAAGAUUGUCUCCCUUGUGACGUCACCAACCCCUAGCACAGCUGACACUGAAGUCCUAUCUGUGGCUUCUGAUCAUCCACGUCAUUGUCUACGGACUGCAUGGCCAGAAACUUUCGAGAUCCCUACUUUUCCUGUUGACGUUGAGUAUAGAUUACGUCAGGGAAAUCUACAGUACAUGCGAGAUCAAACAUACCUACAAUUGUCAGGAGAGCUUAAGCAUGAGAUUCUCGAAAAACUCUCAGAAACUAUAUACAGUUACAAAGCUUACCCAGAUAAGGAAGACUUCGAGGCUGUUGCUACUGCUUUGAUACAAAAACACCCUUGCCUUACCCAGCCUGGCUCAUCUAAGGGGUGGAAUGGGUGGUAUGAUAGCCUUAGGUGGAAAAUGGGCAAUUACCGCUCAAAACUGCGUCAAACUGGAUGCUUGGAGGUAUCCAUAAAUGGUGGGAAAAGAAGAGGACUGCAGCCUCAGAGAAACAUCAAAAGACCAAAGAGGUUUGAAAUCAAUUUUCUACCGAACUUCCCUGAUGGUGAAGAUGAAGCCAGCAUGGAGCCCAAAAGGAAAGAGAUGGUGGAAGAAAUGAAGAAACGUCGUCUUAACGUUGCACUGAUAGCCCGGAACAUGAAUUCUACAUUUGCCUUGCGUAGAAAGGAAUUGAUAGAGAAGGAGCCUGCUGUGAAGAAUACAGUGGAAAGGUGGCCAGCCCUCUUCACACAGAGUCAGGUGAGUCUUAAUUGUUUUCCUAUAUCAUUUCAUCUUGAACAUUUUCAAAGCAAAUUUAUCAUUAACCAGUUUUGGUGUUAA